AGCUGAUAGCCCUGCUCUUAUCUCGGGUAGUUAGGGAGAUUGGCUGUUUGUUUUCGCAGAUAUAGGGAGACUGGGAUCUUGUCUGACGUCCGGACACUACAGGCUACAGCCGAACGAACAUGUCGCCGCACAUCCCCGGGAAGACCAUGGUGGCUCUCCUCCUCAUUCUUGCUGCGGUGGCCUCCGAGUCACGGUUUGCCCACAAACUUCCUAGUUUUCCAGGACUACAGCAGACAUCAGGCCCAUACGGCCCCAGGGAGCCCGCCACCACACCACUACGCUCCUUCACACAGGAAAGUCGGUGGCAGCCGUGGAAGCCGGCCGGUGUCGUCCAGACCAGCGAAGGGUCUUCGGCAGGCUUCGGACUGCUGCACGAGUGGUUCCGAAUCGGCUCGAAGAGGUCUGGGGGAGCCUGGGUGGCGGACACGAACAUGGACGAUAUCUCCCCCAAUAUGUUCAGCCUCCACGGGAAAAGAAAUGUCUCCUAACACUGUUAUUCCCCUCCCUAUACCUCAGAUAAAGCUCGUCACUGACUUUAUGAUUCUAUUUAACUGAGCACAAACAGCGUGCCUGGAGCACAUACUGCACUAAUAUGGAGUUCGUAAGGAAAUCCACCGUUGGCCAACUAUAUUGGCAAUUUCAAAAAAUAAAAUUUCCAGAAAAAAAGGAA